GUUGCGAGUUGAGGGGGCGCUUUCCCUCCUCCCAGCCGCUUUUAUGGUGGACGGCCUCGGAAAGGCGGAGUCGGGAGCCCAGAUUGCUUUUCUGUUUGUUUCCAAGCUGCUCACUCGACUUGAAGGCAGAAGUUCCCUGAAAAAGCUUGAACCUUGCCUAUUUGCUGAGGAAGGAUAUCCCAUUCAUGGAGAUGUUGUUGAAUUCCACGGUCCAGAAGGAACAGGGAAGACGGAAAUGCUCUAUCACCUCAUCGUCCGCUGCAUUCUCCCCAAAGCGGGAGGGGGCUUAGAAGUCAGUUUGCUUUUUAUUGAUACCGACUUCCAUUUUGACAUGCUGCGCCUGGUGACCGUUCUGGAACACAGUCUGUGCCAGAGCUCUGAGGAACUGAUCAAGCAAUGUCUGGGGAGGUUCUUCCUCGUGACCUGCAACAGCAGUGCCCAGCUGCUGCUCACCCUUUACUCUCUGGAAAACAUGUUUUGCUCUCACCCUUCCCUCUGCCUCUUGAUGAUUGACAGCAUGUCGGCCUUUUAUUGGAUUGACCGCGCGAAUGGAGGGGAGAACCUCAGCCUGCAAGAAGCCAACCUACGGAGAUGCGUGCAGUGCCUCGAGAAGCUCAUCCGAGAGUACCACUUGGCCUUGUUUGCAACGACCCAAACCAUCAUGCAGAAAUCCUCGAACUCUGCAGAAAGCUCAGCCAGACUCCAGGAUGAGGCAGAUGGGGACUACCGGCCUUACCUCUGUAAAUCAUGGCAGCAACUGAUAACCCAUCGGAUCUUUUUCUCCAAGCCGUGCCACCCAGGCAGCGCCAAAGGAUUUUCAAUCACUUCUUGCCAUGUCCAUAAUAACAGUGUUGUGAAGCGCCCAUUUAGCAUUUCGGAAUAUGGAAUCCAGUUUUAA